CGCGAAGGACGUCACAUGAGUGACUCAAUCUCGCGAACCUGUCAUGUGAUAUUAUUUUCCACUUCAGAUCAAUCGAUUUUGGAAGUCGCCAGGUACUUUUGCUACAGCUGCUGAAAAAUUAAUCGCGUAUUUUGUGCCAUUUCCUUCGAAUAAUAUCCGAUUUUGUCCAUCCCGACAGCAAUCAUGGGCGCGUCCGCUUUACCGAUCAUAAUUUUCUCGGCGAUUUUCGGCGUGGUUGGCAUCGUUCUGCCGAUCAUCGCCCCGAAGGGACCCAACCGAGGAAUUGUGCAGUGCGUCCUGAUUCUGACCGCGGCCACCUGCUGGUUGUUCUGGCUUUGCUGCUACAUGGCUCAGAUGAAUCCCCUCAUUGGUCCCAAGCUGCACCAAAACACCAUCCUGAUUAUGGCACGUGAAUGGGGCAAUCCUCUUCCCGAUAUGGAUGGUUUCGUGCCCGAGCACCCCUCCGAACACUAAAAAAAAGAUGGAUCUCGGUGCCAAGGGUGUAAAACACACAUUCCCCUUGUUUUUCAUUAUAAGUAUGAAAGUAACAUCAAUACAGUUCUGAUGGUUCUAGGUCUUGUCCCCGUUCGAAAAAAAAUGACCUGACAUCUUUUUGCAAAAGUUACAUAAGGAAAGAAACAAUCCUCCUAACCUGAUGGUGACACAAAUGCGUUUGGUUUGCCUAUCCAAGAUCGAUCCGCACCGUUUGAUGAAUUAUUGUCAUCGAACCUUGCACUGAAUUGAAAUACUUGUGUAGUAUUAUGUUAUCAACAAGAGUAUUAACUAUUAAGAAAUUUCCUGUCGCGAUAAAAAAUAUAUAUAAUAUUGUAAUCCGAUAAAGCACUUUGACGGAAUGACGCAAAUUUUGUAAGGCAAAGCAAAUGCAAUACAUGGAGCGAUAAUGGCUUGUGAAAGAGUGGGAUUAUUGCAACAUAUUAACGAAUCAUUAGUAUGACACCCACAAUUUAGUAGAAUUUUCUCUUCUGAAAAAAAGGUGCGUCACACAUCAUAUAUUACACCUUUUUCCAGCCAAACAUUCAUUAAUAUAGUGAAACAAAAAAAAAAGCAAAGAUACAAAUACAAGAAAAAAUAUGCUAAACAUAUUUAUCACGACUAUCAUACAAAAACGUAAUGUGUUGCAUACUCAGCAGUAGUAGUGGAAUCAAUAAAACAUAUGCCGAUAUAUGAAGUCAUAUUUUACCUGCACGCGAUUGAUUACAAAUUUGAUUGCAUAUUUUAUUAAAUCGGAAAGAAAUAGAUGGUUCGGAUGUUGUUAAGUUGUUUUAUGA